UUGUGUCCAUGACACGUUACGGUCAGCAACAACAACAGCAACAGCAAGCCCCAAUAGCAAUAGCCGAACGACCUCUCCCUCCGCAACGAACCAGUGCUGCCUUAUCCAACCCGAACGGUGGAGCAAUUAACCCGCGUCAGACAACCAAUCCCAAUGGGAUCACCAUUCUGCGGCCCAAUGUUACCACCGUCUCUGCCUCUGAACCACGUAAGUUGAGCUCCACCCCAGCCCCAUCCAUUACGAAUACUGUGACAUUUGUCAGAACUCUAUUCACGUACACGGAAAGACAGUUUUUCCCCUCGUUUCUGCUCAUAGUGUACUACUUUUGCUAUUAUCCAUCAAUCACGCACCCGCCUAUAUCCUUUCAGAAAUCUCCUGUUCCAUCGUGGUGA